GCCAUUUUUGACAAGAUCAUUUUUUUCGCAAGUCGAAGUCGCGAAGCUGCUGUCUGCUUUUUAUUUCAGUCGUCUUUUCUGAUUCGUAAGCAAAAGAAAUACUUUUUGCCAGCAAUAUCCGUAGUUUUCACCGGUAUAAACGUUCUCUGGAAGCAGUUCCGCAUUACCUUCCGAAACACUGGAUUACCAUUGCUGCCGAGAGCAUGAUUGAAGCUUGAAAGGAAGCGCAAAACCCGACGCAUUUACGCAUAUAAGAGUUUGGCUCGUGCUUUUCGUUCAUCAUUAUCGCUCCCCAGUUGGCAGAAGGUGCUGCACGGAUCCAUCCAUCGAAUCAAAGCCCCCUAACGUUUUCCUCCAUCGGAAGUGCCAUAGAAGAAUUCGUCGCAAUUGAAGCCCAAACACGGCAGCACCGUUAGCAACGGUGGCAACGUUUUACUUUUAGUUUUUUUUUUAAUUUUUAUUUUCCUUUUGAGUUGCAAUUUUAAUUUCUGCCAAAAUUGACGAGGAAACGCUGGAUUCCAUUGUCUUUGAAGCGAUGGCUGACAGACUAACCCAGCUUCAGGACACGGUAAAUCAGCAAGCGGAACACUUCUGCAACAGCAUCGGUAUACUGCAACAGUGCUCGGUUCCGAGCAAGUUUCCUGGCUUCGAGCGAACUGGCUCCCAAACUCCGCAGCAAAACCAACAGGAAGAUUACGCGCAAUUAUUUUCCACCCUGAUCUCACGAUGCGCCAAGGACAUCGACACGUUAAUCGAAUCUCUGCCCAGCGAAGAAAGCUCCAUUGAAUUGCAGGUGCAGGCCCUGAAACGGCUGGAAAUAGAAAACCAGGAAUCGGCGGAAAAGCUCGAAGAGGUCGUACGGAAAGGCGAACUUUUACUAGAGAAAAUUCAAGCUGCCUUGAGUGACAUUGCACAGUCCCAACUGGAUAUGCAGUAUUCAUCGUCGCCGAAGAAGCAAUGACUGUCAGCCACAACAGUUUCCGGCAUUGGGAGGACGGAACCAUUUGUCCGCUCGGCUGCCGCAGCUACUGUUACCAGUACGAGUACACUUAUUGAGGAGGAAGGAUGCAUCGCGAGGGAAAGCGACAAAAUGUGUUAGUUAUUUUCAGUUUCUUUGUUUUAUAUCAUUACGUUUCGUAUGCAUCCGUUGUAAACUAGUGAUAAUACUUACAUAAUAUAAUGAAUACAUGAGAUAACUAAAACAUAACGAUAAGUUAUUAAUAAAGCGACAUUUGAAACCGUGACUUUAUUUUA